CACAGACCUACGUGCCUGCGUUUCUGGGUAGAUAAAACAAAAACAGUGUUCGUGUCGGAGUUUGAAGCUUGGACACAACAGACGGUAUCGUUAGAAACAAUCUUUUUUGCACGCUGUCCUGCUGCAAAAUCUCUUUUCUACUGUAAAACAUGGCAACUGACUGCGAGGCCUGGCUGAACGCAAACCCUGUUGAUGCCGAGGACCUGAGUGACUCCUUUGUAUCUGGAGACGAAGACAACGGCAAGGUGGCUAUUUCCAACAACAAUGAGGUCAAUGGCAACUGGCUGUCCUUAUCAAGCAACAGCAUCCAUGAGGCACGUCUCAAGGCGAAGGCCAAGCGGAGGCUGAGAAAGAACUCUUCCAGGGACUCUGGCAGGGGGGACUCCCUCAGCGACAAUGGGGACAUGGUCAGGGGAACCUCUGUGGCACCCACGAGCCCCAAAAGCAAGCUGCUGGACAGAAAGUCACGACUGGGCAAGGGCAGAGGUCUUCCAAAGAAAGGUGGGGCUGGAGGCAAAGGUGUCUGGGGCCGAUCCGGCGAGGUUUACGAGCCGGAGCAGGUGGAUGAGAAAGACCCCAACUAUGACGAAGCUCAGGAAAACUGUGUGUAUGAGACUGUGGUCCCCCCGCUGGAUGAGAGGGACUUUGAGAAGACAGUCACCCCCAUAGUGCAAGAGUACUUUGAACAUGGUGACACAAAUGAAGUAGCGGAGCUGCUUGCAGAACUGAACCUGGGGCCUAUGCGGAGUGAGGUGCCCUCGCUGGCUGUGUCACUGGCCCUGGAGGCCAAAGCCAGUCACCGGGAGCUCACCUCCAGGCUGCUGGCUGACUUAUGUGGACCUGUUCUGUCCCGCAGCGACAUGGAAAACUCCUUCGACAAACUCCUCCGAGAGCUGCCUGACCUGGUCCUGGACACACCUGGAGCCCCGAAGUUGGUGGGCCAGUUCAUUGCGCGCGCUGUCAGCGACCAAAUAUUGUCGAAGGGAUAUAUCGAGGGUUACAAAGGCAAAGUUGACUGUGAAUACACAAGGGCUGCACUCGAUCGGGCAGCUGUGCUGCUGAAGAUGAGUAUGGGUGGGCUUCGCAUAGACAACCAGUGGGGGACAGGCGGGGGCCAGAGACCUGUCAUAGAGCUCAUCAAAGAGAUGAACCUGCUGCUGAAGGAGUACCUCCUCUCUGGAGACAGUAAGGAGGCUGAGAGAUGCCUGAGAGAUCUGGAGGUUCCCCAUUUCCACCACGAGUUUGUUUACGAGGCGAUAGUGAUGGUGUUGGAGUCCAAAGGGGAGAAAACAUUCAAAAUGGUUCUGCAGCUACUCAAGUCGCUUUCUGUGUCCUCCAUCAUCACUGUGGACCAAAUGAGAAGGGGCUAUGAAAGAGUUUAUAUGGACAUUGCUGAAAUCAACAUUGACGUCCCUCGUGCAUACUUCAUCCUGGAGCAGUUUGUUGAUAAGAGCCUCAGUAUGGGAAUAAUUGAUGUAAAGUUAAGAGAUCUUUGUCCCUGUCGGGGCCGGAAGAGAUUUGUCAGUGAAGGAGAUGGUGGUGUGGUCAAACUUGAAAGCUACUGAGGAGCCAUUUUUAUGUGCUAGAAAAGAAGAGGAAGAGGAUAAAGCUACUUUUUUACUUGCAUAUUUUUCAAGAUAGUUGGGUACAAUUUUUUUCCCUUCUAACAGUCAAAAGAAUGUACAUUUCUGAAAUUGAGGUGGGCAAAAAAAAAAAAGCACUUUCGAUAGACUGAAGAUUCUCCAAGGUGUUUCAAUAUAAACAUUUACAUAAGCUAACCC